GGGGGCGUGGUCUUGACGUGGCCACGCCCCCCAGGAAGCACGCCAUGAUCGCUAGCAAUGGGCUGGCCUUCCUGGGCGGGGCCCUGCUGGGCGGGGCCAAGCUCGGCCCCUCCUACAUCCUCAUCAUCAUUGGCCGCUUCAUCCUCGGCGCCUACUCAGGGUUGGCGUCGGGCCUGGUGCCCAUGUACGUGGGGGAGAUCGCCCCCACCCGCCUGCGGGGGGCCCUGGGCACCGUGCACCAGCUGGCCAUCGUCACCGGCAUCCUGGUGGCACAGGUGGGGG